AUGACAGAAGUCGAAGACUUUGCCCAACUCCUCCAGAAGCUUCAAAACUCGAGUCCAGCUCUUCCAGAAGGCACGUCAUCUACACCGACGCCUUCCUCAUCGACAGGACUUCUUCCAAAUGGAAAGAAAACAAAGGGGCGUGUCAAGAUUAAGAUGGAGUACAUCAAUAAUAAGCUUAGAAGAUAUACAACUUUCAGCAAGAGGAAAACGGGAAUUAUGAAGAAGGCCUUCGAAUUAUCAACACUGACGGGUACACAAGUAAUGCUUCUAGUCGCAUCUGAAACUGGUCACGUCUACACAUAUGCCACCAAAAAACUGCAACCAAUGAUUUCAUCGGAUACCGGUAAAGCCAUGAUUCAAUCCUGCCUCAACGCUCCCGGAGGCGAGGGAUCCGACGUUCAACCAAGCCGAACGGAGUUCACGUUCGACUCCGGAAACGGUGGGAAUGGAAUGAGAAAACGGAAAAUGUUGAAUGAUGUGAUGUCAGCCGAGUCGAGCAGCCCAUCGAUGGCUGGCUUCUCACCAUUCCUACCCUCAAUGGCGCCUCUGUUCUCAACAUUUGGAGAAGAUGACUACAAUAACACAGAAAGUGGAGAUGAUUCAGAUUCAGAAGAAGCUGCGUCGGAUAUUAAAGAAGAGGAUCAAGGAUCACCGACUAUGGUCAAACAAGAACUGAUUGAGACGGAUAGUGUGACGGCUGCAUUACAACAGACGAUAAAGGAAGCAAUGAAACAGGCGGCGUCGAAUAGACAGGCACUGAAGAAGUCAAAACCAACUCCUAAUAAUCAGAAGGCCUUCUUCAAUCCUUUCCUUCUUCAAGGCGGUGCAAAUGCGUCAAACCUUCUCGCCGCUGCUGCCAAACAAGGAGAUGAAGCUGGAAGCCUGUCAUCAAACCAUUUAUUGUCUCUUGGACUGAAUCUCCAACAACUGAUUGACUCAGCUGCAUAUGCUUCAAAUGAAUAA